AUGUUUGUGAUUAUUGUUUGGCUACUUGUCUUGGUUUCUUGUUGUCCAGCUCGCUUGUAUCACAAUGUGACACAGCUUCCUAAAGCUCAUUAUGACUUCAUCAUCAUUGGUGGAGGAACUGCAGGAAAUGUGGUUGCAAAUCGUCUAAGUGAGAAUCCUGCCUUUUCUGUGCUGGUAUUGGAAGCUGGUGGAUCGAAUAUUGGCCUGCUUGCAUCAGAGGUCCCUGGAUUGGAUGGAUUGCUCUUUGUACCCCCCAGCAAAAACACCUGGAACUAUGUAACAACACCUCAAGCAGCAGCAGGCAAUAGGAUUCAGACAUAUCCACGGGGUCGAGUCCUUGGUGGGACAAGUUCAAUCAAUGGAAUGUGGUAUACUAGAGGAUCCAAGGAUGAUUUUGAUCGAUAUGCUUCUGUCACUGGAGACCAGGGUUGGAGUUGGAAAGCAAUUCAAAAAUAUUUCCAUAAGAAUGAAAAAUUUUCACCUCCUGCUGAUCACCAUAAUACAACUGGCCAAUAUGAUCCUGCAGUUCAUUCAACUACUGGCAUCAAUGCUGUCAGCCUCCCUGGUUUUCAGUGGCCUUCAUUCCAAAAGGUCAUUGAAACUACACAUGAAAUGCCUCAGGAGUUCCCAUUUGUCUUGGACUAUAAUGCAGGAACACCAAUUGGUAUUGGCUGGGCACAAAAUACAAUUGCAAAUGGUGCUCGAAGCAGCUCUGCUACAUCCUACUUGGCUUCUCAGUUUAUUGAUCGACCCAAUCUUCAUGUUCUUGUAAAUGCACAGACUACAAGAAUUCUGAGUGCAAAUAGGUCACAUCAUUUUAAUCAAGUUGAAUUCUCUCAGGAUUUCCAAAAGUUGCAAAUUGUUACAGCAUUAAAAGAAAUUAUCUUGUCUGCUGGGGCUAUUGGCACACCACAUAUUCUGCUCAACUCAGGAAUAGGAAAUCAAACAAUGCUUUCUAGCCUUGGUGUCAAUCCAGUAAUUGAUUUACCAGAUGUUGGUCAGAACUUCACAGAUCAACCCUUGAUAUCAAAUAGCUGGCUUGUCAAUAGCACACAGACAUAUGAGAGUUUCUCAAACAAUGCAACUCAAAUGGCUGAAGACCUGGCACAAUGGAAUAAGACAAGAACCGGUCCACUAGUUUCAACAAUUGUUGGUGGUCAUAUGGCAUGGCUCCGAUUGGAGAACAGUUCUACUAUCCUGAAGCGGUUUCAAGAUCCUGCUGCAGGAAUAAAUACCCCUCAUUUGGAAUUACAAAUUGCAAGUGGCAUUGGCUUGGAGACUGUAAUCCCUGAAGAUGGAGGCAAUUUUAUUAGCAUACAAACAUCUGUUGUGUCUUCAGCAAGUCGUGGGACAAUCACCCUCAACACAUCAAAUCCUAACCCUUUCAAUGCUCCGCUCAUUGAUCCUGCAGUCUUUACACACAGAUUUGAUGUUGAAGCCAUGCGUGUUGCCAUUCAAAAGGCAGUCAAAUUCCUCUCUGCCAAUACUUGGAAGGGCUUUAUCAUCCGACCAAUUGACAGCCUGGCACAAGCAUUGACCUCAGAUGCUGCCUUGAAUAACUAUAUGCAACAAAAUGUUAUAUUUGCUCUUCAUGCUGUAGGAAGUGCAGCUAUGUCCCCAUCUGGUGCAUCAUGGGGAGUGGUGGACCCCGAUCUCCUUUUGAAACAUGCAAUAGGUGUGCGGAUUAUUGAUGCUUCUAUUAUGCCUUUUAUUCCAAGCUGCCACACUCAAGCACCAACCUAUGCAAUUGCAGAGCGGGGAGCAGACAUGAUAAAACAGAAAUGGAUGUAG